CUUCAGCCCCCAAUGCCAUUGCGAUGAAGAAAAAGAGAGUGAAAGUGGCAAAAAUAGGAAGGAUAAGGAUAAAAUGUAGGGAAAGUCAGUGCAAAGCCUAUAGAGAAGAAAAUUGCAGGUUUGGGCUCCAUUAGCUUUGUCUUUAGUUGCAUCUAGAAAUACCAAUAGAUUAUUAACAAGCCUGUGUCUCACCAUACAACACUACUUGCCAAAAAAUAGCUGCUGAUAGAAACACCGAUAACUUGUUUCACAAACCACUUUAGAACCUUAAAUCUUUCUUCUUUGUUGGAUUCCAAAAAAGCUAUCCAAACCCCCUUUUUUUAAGAACUAGGAAGUUGGUUUAGAGGCAAAGAUGAGAAACAAUGAUGCCAUCACAUUAUUGAAAGCGCAAAUGAGCAUGAGCUUUGUAGAUAAGAGUCCAAUGAAGAUCACAAAGCAUAAUGGAGGAAAAGAGGAGAAAAACAAAGUGGGAAGUUCACAAUUGAGUAAAGGAGAGGAGCAGUUUUAUAUCAAGAGAAACGGAGGAGAAAGUUAUGCAUUAGCAAAAAAGAUGAAGGAAUUGGAGAUGAUGAAUGUUGGAGACAUGGAACAUGUAUUGGAUGUAGAAGAGGCACUCCAUUAUUAUUCCAGGCUUAAAAGUCCGGCUUACCUUUCUAUUGUUGACAGGUUCUUCAAGGAAAUGUACUCGGAAAUCUUCAUUCCACCGGCUUCCUCCUCCGCCGCUGGCAUCAACAGUUCGAAGCAUAGGUUCGGAUCAAUUAGGAUGUAGAUCAAGUCUUGAAAGCCUUUUAUUGCGCAUAUCAAUAUGCUUUCCUUAGCCUAAUUUGUUUUCUGUGUCGUGUUUUUGUCUGCAUUGUUUCUGCUGCUUUAGCUUUUAGUUGUGUCUCUCUUUGAUUGUUAUAAUUUGUUUGAUAAGUUUCAAAGCUAUUGUAACUGAUUUGCCAUGGAA